CCUCCAUCCCUUGUCGUGGUGUUGCCUUUGAUCUCCUCGCUCGGUUUUAGGGUUCUUUCCAGAAAGGCAAACAAACAGAAACCAGAAAUAGAAAUUAAAACAACUCCAGAGAGUCACUUCCCAGCAUCUGACUUCUCUUUUGCGUCUUGCCUGUCAAAAGUUAAGGUGGUCUUUGGAAAGAAAGUCUUUCCACCCUUCACUGUUAUUUUAGAAUUUAUUGACAUGGCAUCGAAGAUGUCUCUCUCCUCGUCUGGAUUUCAUUAUUAUAAUUAUAAUUGUAUCGCUUGGUUCUAAAUGAAUCCUGGUGGUAGGGCUCUCCCAGCCCUCCAAAUCCUCCUUUUCCAUGUUUUCCCAAAAGGUAAAAAAGAUGAACCUUUGUGCCAGCUCUGCUGUGCCCUCUUUCUGUUAAACAGCCCUUCCUCUGUGUAAAGAACAAAUGGGUUGAUCUUUCAGGCCAGGCUUUCUUCUUAUUUAAGAGUGGAGUGUUGGAGAGAAAGAUGGUGUACUUUAAUCCUCCUUCCUUAUCUUUCUUGGAUGUGUGUGUGUGUGUGUGUGUUUGUAUGGUAAGACUGUUAGCUUAUCUCCUUAAAGCUUGUCCACUGCGGUGUGGUAAAUAUCUGCGUGUAUAUCUAGACCGUCCAUGUUUCCGCCUAACAGUUUGUUCAGCCAGAGCAAGAGAGAGAGAGAAAGAGAGAUGGAUGAUAAUAAUGCAUGCGAUACAUUCAGGAAACUGGCACUAUUAGAGGGGGCAAAAUAAUCAGAAAUAAUAUUUCUUCUGCUCCUCUGAUAUGCUCCAAUAUAUGUGGGGAGGUUAGAGGGCCUAGAAAGCAUCAGGGAUCCCCAAAUGUUGCUGUGUCUGUUUCACAGACCCCAAAGUUUUGCCCUGUCUGUCUUUCAGCCUUUGCAAACUUCUGCCAAAGUCUCAGGAGCCCCCCAAAACCUGGGUUGCAGACUGAGGUAUUGAACUAUGAGAAUGUAGUGGAAACGGGUUCGGAAACUGAUGAGGAAGACAAGCUCCACAUCGCUGAGGAAGACGGGAUCAUCGGCACCCUGGACCAGGAGCCCAGCCCUGCCAGCGUGCCCAACCAUGAGUCAUCCCCGCAUGUGAGCCAAGCACUGAUGCCGAGGGAGGAGGAGGAAGACGAUAUGAGGGAAAGCGGAGUGGAUCACACCUGGCACAACAACGAGAUCUUGCAAGCCUCUGUAGAUGGUUCGGAAGAAAUGAAGGAAGAGUAUGACACCAUGGGGCCUGAAGCUGCCAUUCAGACCACUGGAAACAAUGGAACAGAGUCGGCUGGGGCUGUGGAGGUGCUGGAGCACUGCCCGGAUGCUGUAAUGGGCUGGAUGAGGAUGAAUAAACUGAGGCUGAAUCCCAGUAAGACGGAGGCUCUUUGGCUUGGUGGUCCUCGAGUCUGGGAAUUGGUUAAGAAUGCAAAUUGCACAUCGGACUUUGAAGAAUAUUUUGCGAAGAGGAAACUGGAGGAAGGAGAUGGACACUCAGUUAGCAUAGCGGAGUACCUACAACGCAGUGACACAGCCAUUAUUUACCCAGAAGCCCCCGAGGAACUGUCUCGCCUUGGCACUCCAGAGGCUAAUGGGCAAGAAGAAAACGACCUGCCACCUGGAACUCCGGAUGCUUUUGCCCAACUGCUGACCUGCCCCUACUGCGACCGGGGCUACAAGCGCUUGACAUCCCUGAAGGAGCACAUCAAGUACCGCCACGAGAAGAAUGAGGAAAACUUCCCUUGCCCUCUCUGCAACUACACGUUUGCCUACCGAACCCAGCUCGAGCGGCAUAUGGUGACGCACAAGCCGGGGACAGACCAGCACCAAAUGCUGACCCAAGGAGCAGGCAAUCGUAAGUUCAAGUGCACAGAGUGCGGCAAGGCCUUCAAAUACAAACACCACCUGAAGGAACACCUGCGAAUCCACAGCGGUGAAAAACCCUACGAGUGUCCAAAUUGCAAGAAGCGCUUCUCCCAUUCUGGCUCAUAUAGUUCACACAUCAGUAGCAAGAAAUGUAUUGGUUUAAUCUCUGUAAAUGGCCGAAUGAGAAACAAUAUCAAGACGGGUUCUUCUCCUAAUUCUGUAUCUUCCUCACCUACUAAUUCAGCCAUUACACAACUGAGAAACAAGCUGGAGAAUGGAAAACCACUUAGUAUGUCUGAGCAAUCAGGCUUACUGAAAAUCAAAACAGAACCACUAGACUUCAAUGAAUAUAAAGUUCUGAUGGCAACCCAUGGGUUCACUGGUGCUAAUCCUUUCAUGAACGGCAGACUUGGUGCGACCAGCCCAAUCGGAGUCCAUGCUCCUACGCAAAAUCCAAUGCAGCACUUAGGAAUGGGGAUGGAAUCACCUUUACUUGGAUUCCCAGCAAUGGGGAGCAAUUUAAGUGAAGUGCAGAAAGUACUACAGAUUGUUGACAACACCGUUUCUAGGCAGAAAAUGGACUGCAGCAGUGAUGAAAUCUCCAAGCUGAAGGGUUAUCACAUGAAGGACCCUUGUUCUCAACCAGAAGAACAAGGUGUUACUUCUCCUGGUAUUCCACCUGUUGGUCUUCCAGUAGUCAGUCAUAAUGGUGCCACUAAAAGUAUUAUUGACUACACACUAGAGAAGGUCAAUGAAGCCAAAGCUUGUCUCCAGAGCUUGACUACAGACUCAAGGAGGCAGCUCAACAAUAUCAAGAAAGAAAAGCUACGCACCCUAAUAGACCUAGUAACGGAAGAUAAAAUGAUAGAGAACCAUAAUAUACCGACUCCAUUUUCAUGCCAGUUCUGUAAAGAAAGUUUUCCUGGUCCCAUUCCCCUGCAUCAGCAUGAACGUUACCUGUGUAAGAUGAAUGAAGAAAUCAAAGCAGUCCUCCAGCCUCAUGAAAACAUGGCUCCUAGCAAACAAGGAGUGUUUGUUGAUAAGCAAGCCCUCCUCCUAUCUUCGGUACUUGAGAAGGGAAUGACUAGCCCCAUCAAUCCAUACAAGGACCAUAUGUCUGUACUUAAAGCAUAUUUUGCUAUGAAUAUGGAACCCACUUCUGAUGAACUACUGAAAAUUUCCAUUGCCGUUGGCCUUCCUCAGGAAUUUGUGAAGGAAUGGUUUGAACAAAGAAAGGUCUACCAGUUCUCGACUUCCAGGUCGCCAUCGCUGGAGAGGAGCAGUGCCAAGGUGGUGCUGGCUGCCACCAACAACACUCCCAUGAAAGACUGUUUGUCAGCCAGAUCCCCUGUAAAGCCUGUGGACUCUAUAACAUCACCAUCUAUAGCUGAACUUCAUAACAGUGUUACUAACUGUGAUACUCCUCUCAGGCUAACAAAACCUACUCACUUUACCAAUAUUAAACCAGUUGACAAAUUGGACCACUCCAGGAGCAAUACUCCUUCUCCAUUAAAUCUUUCUUCCACAUCUUCUAAAAACUCCCAUAGUAGUUCUUACACUCCAAACAGUUUCUCCUCUGAGGAGCUUCAAGCUGAGCCUUUGGACUUGUCUUUACCAAAACUAAUGAAGGAACCCAAAAGUAUUAUAGCCACAAAGAACAAAACAAAAUCCAGUAGUGUAAAUGUAGACCACAACAGUGUUUCUUCGUCAUCUGAAACUUCAGAUGAACCACUGAACUUGACUUUUAUCAAGAAAGAAUUUUCUAAUGCAAAUAGCUUGGAUAAAAGCACUAAUCCAUUAUUUGGUAUGAACCCUUUUAGUGCCAAACCUUUAUAUACCACACUUCCACCACAGAGCGCAUUUCCCCCAGCCACUUUUAUGCCACCAGUUCAGACCAGUAUUCCUGGGCUACGACCAUACCCAGGCAUAGAUCAAAUGAGCUUCCUACCACAUAUGGCCUAUACUUAUCCAACUGGAGCAGCUACGUUUGCUGACAUGCAGCAAAGGCGGAAGUACCAGCGGAAGCAAGGUUUUCAGGGAGAAUUGCUUGAUGGAACACCGGAUUACAUGUCAGGUCUUGAUGACAUGACAGACUCCGACUCCUGCCUGUCCCGAAAGAAGAUCAAGAAGACAGAGAGUGGCAUGUACGCAUGUGACUUAUGUGACAAGACAUUCCAGAAAAGCAGUUCCCUUCUGCGACACAAAUAUGAGCACACAGGAAAAAGACCACAUCAGUGUCAGAUCUGCAAGAAAGCGUUCAAACACAAGCAUCACCUUAUCGAGCAUUCGCGACUGCACUCAGGCGAGAAGCCAUACCAGUGUGAUAAAUGUGGCAAACGCUUCUCACACUCCGGGUCUUACUCGCAACACAUGAACCACAGGUAUUCCUACUGUAAACGAGAGGCAGAGGAGAGGGAAGCGGCGGAAAGGGAAGCGCGAGAAAAGGGUCACUUGGAAACCACAGAGCUACUGAUGAACCGGGCCUAUUUGCAGAGUAUUACUCCUCAAGGCUAUUCUGACUCAGAGGAGCGGGAGAGUAUGCCGAGGGAUGGGGAGAGCGAGAAGGAGCACGAGAAGGAAGGAGAAGAUGGGUUUGAGAAGCUAGGAAGACGGGAUGGAGACGAGGAAUUUGAGGAAGAGGAGGAGGAAGAGAGCGAAAACAAAAGUAUGGAUACGGAUCCAGACACGAUAAGAGACGAAGAGGAGACUGGAGAUCAUUCGAUGGACGAUAGUUCGGAAGAUGGGAAAAUGGAAACCAAAUCAGAUCACGAAGAAGACAAUAUGGAAGAUGGCAUGUAAUAAACUACUGCAUUUUAAGCUUCCUAAUUUUUUUCCAGUAGUAUUGUUACCUGCUUGAGAAAAGAAAAAACACUGCUGUGUUAAGCUGUUCAUGCACGUGCCUGAUGCUUCCAGGAAGCCUGUAGAGAUGGACUAGAAGGGCUGUAGAGCCAAGAUGGAAUGAGAGGGAGGUUGAGCUGGGGAUUGUUAAGAACUGCAUUAUGCAAAAUUUUUGUACAGUAUUAAGGCCUAAAAACUGUGUGGUUCAGAGACGAAAUCCUGUGUUUAAUAGCAUUUAUACUUUAAGCACAAAACUAGCAAAUUGUAUGAAUUGCACUCUACUUAUAUAUCAC